AUGCCGCAGGCCAGCUGGCGACAGGUGACGAUCGAGAAGACGCCAAGCUACUUCGUCACCAAAAACGUGCCGAAACGAAUUUUCACCAUGUCCCCAAAAAUGAAACUCAUCAUUGUGGUCCGCGAUCCAGUAACUAGGGCCAUCUCUGACUACACCCAAGCCAAGGCGAAAAAAAAACAAAUGCCGAGUUUUGAAGAGAUGGUGUUUUUGGGCGGGUCUAGGGCAAAAAAUUGGGGCGCUAUAAGAAUUGGCGUCUACUCGAACUACCUCAAAAGAUGGCUGAAAUAUUUUCCGGCCAGGAACAUCCACAUAGUACACGGAGAGAGACUGAUAAACGAUCCGGGCGCAGAACUGGCUCUCCUGCAGGAUUUUUUGGGACUGGAAAGGCAAGUAACUCAGGAAUCAUUCUACUUCGAUCCGGUUAAAAAAUUCCCGUGCUUGAGAUAUAAACAAUCGUUAUCAUCAUCCUCAUCAUCAUCAAAACCAACUACGUCAUCGUCAUUCCAAACGCAAUGCCUGGGCAAGACAAAAGGUCGAAGACACCCAAAGGUUGACCCCAUGACUUUGACCUACCUGAGGGAUUACUACAGACCCUACAAUCAACUAUUUUACAGGAUGAUCGGCGUCAAUUUUGCGUGGCCUUAA